CAAAGAAAAACGAACAAAAAAAAGAGAGAGGAAGAAACAGAGCAUAUAAUUCCAAAAAGAUGAAGUUUGCUGCAAUCUUCUUGGUCUCUUGUAUCAUUUCAUCUUCUUUGCCAGGCCACUUCUCUCAAGGAGUAGAGCCAACAGGAGGACAAGAUCUGGUGUGGUGCCCAUCAAAGGAUGUGUUCAACGGAUCAUGCAGUGACAGAGGAAGUCCGAGUCAGACAUGCUUCCUUGACUUCCUGGGCUCUCGGAGCGCUAGUGCUAUGCCUAAGAACUGCCAAUGCACUCCUCAACCCAACAACCAACGUCUCUGCCAGUGUCUUGUCGUCUGUAACCGAUUAUAAUUCUCUUCCAAUCAAAACAUUGUGGGUGUCUGAAUGAACAGCUAUCAAUAAAACUAAUCCAUUU